AUAGACGGCGGCAGUGCCACGAACCUCGGCGUCGCGCACAAGGUGCCAGUGAGUUUACCACAGGAGGAUCACGUCUCGGAGUCGCGUCUCGGAGUUGGUGCGCGCGGAACCGCGAUACUCCACGGUGAUGCAGCCAGGCUGUCGAAGCCGAUAGGACGCGCGAAGGCGCCUUCGAAGCCUCUGUUGAGUCGUGGGACCAACGCGAGAUACGAGCACCGCCAUAAGAGCCAAUGGCUACGAAGAUGAGGCCAAGUCUCAAUCUGGCCAUCGGCUGCUGCCUGCUGCUGACCUCCGCGGUAUGGAGUUCGCCGACAGGUGCGCCACUAUCCACCUGUAAUACCUUGAUGCCGAUGCACAACAAGGCGCCCCAGACGUCCAAUCCUCCCUAUCAGCUGUUACCCUCCAAGGGCCAGGGCAGAAUACGACUGAUUCUCGGGAGCCCCGAGGGCGACGGCUACGAGGGUUUCAUCAUCCUGGCGCGCGACGUCGAGACCGGCGAGCUCGUCGGCGAGUUCAACAAUCUGCCGGAGACCUCGGCACGGCAUCUCGAGUGCACUCCCGGACUCAAGAAUGGUGUCACGCAUGUUAAGCCCGAGAAAAUUCACAAUCUCGAGAUUGACUGGGAGGCUCCAGCAGAUUAUGAAGGAACAAUUAUAUUCAACUCGACCAUCUGCAAAACCUGGGACGUCUUCUGGGUCGGCGUCGAAUCGCCCCGGAUCACAGUGGUGAAACGUUCCAUCGACAUACAUUCGACGCCCCCGACAAUUACCUUCCCCCGCGUCACCACUCCGCCUUACUACACACCGACUACCGAGAUCGUGAACACCGACGACGACAAUGUGUUCUAUGACGGAUGCGGAGCAACGAAGAAUUGCUUCGGAACACCAAAUGCCUGCGUGGAACAAAAGAAUUGCGCUGCCGCUGUCUCCGUCCUUGUUAAAGGCGAGCAGUACAUCUUCGAGAUGCAGUCACGUAACUCUAAAUACGUUGCUGUUGGCUUAUCCGCCGAUAACAAAAUGGGCGAUGACAGUGUUGUCGAAUGUAUCAAUAACGAUAAUCAAGUUUCUCUUCACAUGUCCUGGAACGACGGCAAGAAGAACAUCAGGAUUCCAACUCUCCCAGGCGCUAUCGAGUCAAUAUCCAGCUCUGUUCAAGAUGGCAUUAUGACGUGCAAAUUUUUCCGAAACAAGCUAACGGUAGUUCAAGGACAACAGUUUGACCUUGUUAAUACACCCUAUCAUUUGCUGAUUGCUAUUGGAAGUGGUUUAAAAGAGAAAUCCGUCGGCUACCACGACAUCGCCAGGGCAAGUUCGGGCGAAACGAGACUUCUAUCGGACGUCAGCGAAGGCCUAGUCGCGAGCAGCGAACUCUUGGUGCGAAUCCACGGAGCUCUCAUGCUCGCGUCCUGGAUCGGCACAGCUUCCGUUGGAAUUCUCUUAGCGAGAUAUUACCGGCAGACGUGGGUUGCCUCGCAGCUCUGUGGCAAGGACCAGUGGUUUGCCUGGCAUCGUUUCUUCAUGUUCCUGACGUGGUCCAUGACCAUUGGUGCAUUCGUCGUCAUCUUCGUCGAGCUCGAAUCCUGGAGUAGCGCGACGUAUCACGCGUCCAUUGGCCUCGCGACAACAAUACUCAGCUUCAUUCAGCCAUUCAUGGCGGCGAUGAGGCCACAUCCUGGUGCACCGAGGCGAAUUCUUUUCAACUGGGUCCACUGGUUCAUCGGUAACGCCGCUCACAUCUGUGGAAUAAUCGCCAUAUUCUUCGCUGUACGACUGACGAAGGCCAAACUGCCGGAGUGGGUAGACUGGAUUCUGGUGGCCUACGUUGUCUUUCACGUUUUGACUCAUCUAUUCCUCACGUUCGCUGGCUGCGCCUCAGACAAGCAAGGAAGUCAGAGGGUGAAUUCCUUCCCCAUGAAGGACGUGCAUGCCCGUAAUUCCAUGACGCAUCCGGACGCGAGACGAGACGCCCCGCAUUCCGGCCUCCGCAAGCUGGUCUUCGGUGUCUACUUCGUGGUGAUCGCUGUGUUCGCGUUGGCCCUCAUCGUCAUCGCCGUCCUCGCGCCCAUCGGCGACUCCUGGAACGCCUUCACCGACAGCUUCAAGAAUUACUGAGGCGCGAAGAGCCUCGCGGCCCUACCACUUGGAGCGCCGACUUAACCUCGGCCCUUUCAUAUUACUUCUGCUGCGCGUGCCAUAUUUACGUUCGUUGAGCCACCGUGGCGCCGGCGAACGGCCCUUCGAUUAUCUUCGCGACCCUCGCCCUGAUCGGCCUUAAGGAUCCAACGGGAUAUUGCGCCUGCGAUCGUUAUGAUCCAUCGUGAUUUGCAUCGCAGAAUAAAUUCCGAGUUCGUAUUCAUUGCUGUGUAAUGUUACUUUCGCCGCUCGUCGUCUAUGUACGACGUUAAAAGCCCGAGUGACCAAUGACUUGUAAAUUACACGGCUAAUGCAGGUGACGCGCGUCCAGUGUCGGGAGAAAUCUAUA